CAAAGUCAAAAUAAGAAACAGGCAACUGUCAUUUUUGUGUUAUGAAUUUCUAACCUUUAAAUUAUAAUAUUCCAAAAUAAAGCUAAAAAUAACAUAACAUUACCGAUACAAUACCGAUAUAACCAAAGUUAAGACUAUGUCUGCCGCUAAAAGAGUCCAGCAAUGGGCAACUUUUGCGCGUACUUGGCACAUUUUCGAUUGUAAGUGGCAGGAUCCUUACCAAUCCGCCGAAGUUAUAAAGAAAUAUUUAUUGGGAAUGCAUAAACCUAUUUACCAUCCAAUGAACGAUUGUGGAGAUGUUGUAGUCUGUAUAAACAGUAGAGAGAUCGCGCUUCGAGGUAACGACUGGCGUCAACGGGCAUAUUUUCAUCACACUGGGUAUCCCGGUGGUGCAACGUGGACCUUAGCAUGGGAAGUCCACAAUAAAGAUCCAACUAUGAUAAUUAAAAAGGCAGUAUACAGAGCUAUGAGGGGUAAUCUACAAAGACGUCACACCAUGCAACGUCUCCUAAUUUACCCUGGAGAAGAAAUACCUGAAGAUGUUGUACAAAAUGUUACAAAUCAAAUUCGUCAGCUCCGUUUAGUACCAACUAGAUUAGAUCAUAUUUCUGAGGAAGAAGUUAAGAAAUUCCCGAAAGUCAUGGACUAUCCUACAGACUAUGUGCUUAAAUAAUUUUAUUAUUAUGUUUUAUAUAAAAUUAGUUUGUAAAUAAAGAUAGUAGUUAA